GUGAGAGAGAGAGAGAAGUUCUUUGCUAGAAGUUCUUUGCUAGAAGUUCAUGCUCGACGCUUAGGGGAGCAAAAGUUCUCUUUUUGUUUCCUUUUUCUCGUUUUUCUAAGGCAAGAUGAGGAAGCUUUCCAAAAGACUUGGAGUGUUCGCGGUGAUAUUUGUGUUUGCUAUAGGGAUAGUGGAAUGCCGAAAGCUUGAGAAGGAGACCCUUGGAGGUGGUUUUGGUGGAGGUGCUGGUGGUGGUGGUGGAAUAGGUGGAGGUGUCGGAGGUGGAAAAGGUGGUGGGGUAGGAGUUGGAGGUGGAGCUGGCGGAGGGCUUGGUGGUGGAGGUGGAGCUGGGGGUGGUGCUGGAGGAGGGCUUGGUGGUGGAGUUGGAGGUGGUGCUGGAGGAGGGCUUGGUGGUGGAGGUGGUGCAGGUGGUGGUUUUGGAGGUGGAAAAGGUGGAGGUGUAGGAGUUGGAGGUGGAGCCGGUGGUGGUGUUGGAGGAGGAUUAGGUGGUGGAGGUGGUGCAGGUGGAGGUGCUGGUGGUGGCAUUGGAGGUGGUAAAGGUGGUGGUAUAGGUGCUGGAGGAGGAUUAGGUGGUGGAGGUGGUGCAGGUGGAGGUUUAGGUGGUGGUGCCGGUGCAGGUGGUGGAGUCGGAGGAGGUGCAGGUGGUGGUGCUGGUGGAGGUCUUGGUGGUGGAGGAGGCCUCGGAGGAGGUGCUGGUGCGGGUGCUGGUGGAGGUUUUGGAGGUGGUGCUGGUGGUGGACUAGGUGGUGGUUUCGGUGGUGGUGCUGGUGGAGGAAUUGGAGGGGGAUUUUAGUUCCAUAAACGUGCCAAGGUUGUAAGCUGUAACCAUGCUACUGCAUGAGAAUGGUUGGCAUACUCGUAAGCAUAUGAUGUAUCCGAUUAUAACUUACUAGUUAGUAAUUAAACAAAAUGGAAAAUAAAAGGCUGCAAUAUGCCUCCUACUCCUAGCAAAUUUUAUGCAGUUUUAUCUUUCUCUGUAUUAAAAUUUACCAGGAAAAGAUUCGACAUUCGAUGUA